GCGCUAGGACCUGGCGUGUUGCAAGACAAAGUCGCUCAUUGGCUCCAAUGGCCAGUUGGCCUGAGCGUCACAAAAUUUGCAUUUCCUUUUUCAAAAGACUGCAUCUGCGGACAGAAGGUUGCCAGACGUCCGACCAUUGCACAAACGAUCGCCCGUCUUCCGCGCGAAGCCCGAGCUGAUGUCAUCAGGAGUGAUCAAUUGGAAAAAAAACCCAUCUCCGCAUUACGUGACCUUGGAGGAACCGUGAGGACAAAGACGACAAAGGCUGCCAUCGCUGACACUUGCGAACUCAAGCGGGGGAAAUGCGGAAAAAUGUCAAAAACGCGCGACCCAACGAAGCUGCCUGGCCACUGGAAUCAACGCGGGUGGCCGUACCGUUAACCGAGCGCCGCGAGCGGCCUCUGGCACCGACCGAGGCGCUUAUGGGCUCCAGCCGUGUGGAACAACGAGGAGAUGGGCCCUCACAGCCGAGCGGGAUCGCAGAUACCGCACAUCUGCUGGACGCCGUGCGAGACGAUCGCGAUCUACGGGAUGAGGUGACCUACUCCUCGCCACUUGACAGUAAGGCGUUUUGGCUGCGCGACCACAAUUAUUCGUCCACGCGGGCCGCCCCGGACGCGGGCGCUCAUGAGGGUGAGCACUUCAUACUUGAAAAUGACCAGGCUGCUCUGGUCCACACGGGUAUAUCCAUGGAAAAGCUGCUCAUGCUGGUGGUGAAGGUGCAACAUUACGCCAAGCGUGGCUUUCCGCUGUCUGUGCGCUCCCAAGUAGUCAUGACACUAAUGACGCUCAAGACCAACCGACCUCUGGCCGACCUGAGCAGGUACUUCCACACGUCCGAGAGCACAGCCCUCAAAAUAGUCUUAUAUUGGAUCGACAUGCUGGCCAAGGUCCUCCGCCACUCCAUCCCGUGGCUACCCAAGGAAAUCAUCCAAGCGACCAUGCCCAACGAGUUCAGGGAGCGGUUUCCCAACAUGACCUGCUUCGUGGGCUACAGCGAAAGCAUCCUGCAAAAGCGUGAGGGUCGCUGCCCGUCCACCACCGUCAAGUACCUCCUGGCCGUAGCCCCGUGCGGCCUGAUCAUGUUUAUGUCGUCCGCCUACACUGGGCGCCGCGACCACCGUGACAUGGUGCGGGACUCGGGAUUACUGCACCUCCUCAUGCCGGGGGAUGAGGUCAUGACUCAGGGGGGCUUCGCCAUCAAAGAGCUGCUCUUUGAGCGGCAAGUCAAACUGGUUGUGACGUCGCUGGGUAAAAAUGACGGCCGGCCUGCCUCCACUUCCCCCUCCUCCUCCUCCUCCUCCUCCUCCUCCUCCACCGACUACAUUGCACACGCCGGAGAUCGCAUCCAAGGCGCCAUUCAGCACUUAAUGACUUACAAGAUACUUUCGCAGGGAGUGCCCACUACGUUGGCACCGCACAUAGACAAGAUUCUCUGGAUCUGCGCUGCUCUGACCAAUCUGAGAAUUCAAGUUUUAAAGUAAUGCAACAUUUUUACCUCCAAAACCCUUCAGGUCUUCGGGGAUACCCGUGCCUUUUUUUUUUUUUUUUUUUUGAUUGUUGAAACCAAAAGUGCCUGAUUUUGUGCCAGCCAAUUCCUGGGGAUCGUUUGAAUGCUGGUGAAUUGUUGUGAUGACAACAUUCCAAAUUCCUGGAGGGCCUAAUUUGCGCAUGCUAAUGAGAAUACAGUCAUACCUCAGUUUUCGACCAUAAUCCGUUCCAGAAGGCUGUUCGAAAACCGAACCUACGCUCUUUUUAAAAAAAAAACAUCUUCAUUGAACACGUCUGCUCACAAUGGAACGCUACCCGAGUAAGCGUCACUUCUUCGUGUAAGGAAGACGAGAGGAGUCAAAUGGUGCAUUCAAGUGCGCUCAGUUUGGUCAAGAA